GGGCGAGGGCGACCAUUUUAUCAUAUAAUUAGUGUUCAUCACUAACUCAAAAUCACACGCUUUAGUAUGGAGCGAACCCCAGCAGCUUGUGCCAUGGACUGGAGCAUUCAGCUCCAAAAAGACCUUCGUUCAGAUAUACCAGGAAAAUCAAUUGAUGCCUUACAAGAAAUCGGCAGGCGGCUUCAGCGGUGGAACAAGGAUCCAAAGCUGACGUUUGCAGAGCACACGAUGUUCGGCUUAUUCCCGGAAGAGGAUAAGCUGUUCCUCAAUGCUAUAUUACUGUGUCUGGCCGAUGCGUUUAGUUCAGGGGACAAACACACUAAAGAAUGCGUAGUUAGAAUUUUUAUGAAAAUUAAGAGGAGGGGAAAUAGAGAUGCUGAGGGCAUUUUUAGCAAGGAAAUGUUUGAGAAUCAAUUGGAGUUGUUGACCAGAGUGAAGGAAGUGUUUGAUGAAGGGGAUACUGAGGAAAGAGCACUCUCUUUGCGGCUGUUUGGUUGCUGGGCUUAUUUUGCAAAGGAUUGUCCGGAUGUGCGGUAUAUUGCGCUGUCAAGUUUGGUUACUGGUGAUGUUCUUGAGGUGAAGGCUGCUUAUUUUGCUGCAGGCUACUUGUCUGAGACGUCAGAUGACUUUGCAGUUGUUUUCUUGGAGAUGCUUAGGACAACAGUCUCGUCACAGGAGAGUUCAGAAGACAUAAAGUUAGCUGCAGGACGUGCAUUCGCCAAACUGUGGUGCUCGUUUUCAAUUGCAGAGAAUGCAUACAAGUUAGGUUUGAAGCUUCUCAUGGAUUCUUCAGAAGAUGACUUCUCAGCUACCAUGCUAAUCUCACUUUCCAAAAUUGCUUCUCGUUGGAUGCUUCUAGUUCCUACUCAGUUUGAAUUGCUUACACUGUUUCAAAGUGAAGAUAGAUCUUUGCGCAUGCAAGUGACAUCUUUGAGAUGCUUCCGCCUUUUAUUAGCAAGAGAAGUUUGUAUUGUUCCUUCAAAUGCAAGCACAGUCCAUAGGGUAUUCGGCAUCCUACACAGAUCUGAACUUCAACCGACACUGCAGCUUGAAUCUCUAAGACUUUUAUAUAAGUAUUGUUGCUGCAUUACUAAAAUAUGGCCUCAGUAUAUUCAUAGAGUCCCUCACAUCAUCAUAUUUUGCAGAUCCUUCUGA